AUGGCAUUCAGUUUCAAUUUCGGCGGCGACGACAUCGACCAAACCGUCGACCAAGAUAUUCCCAUCCUGGACGCGCCAUCAUUAGACACAAACACAUCACAAGCACCGCCUCCAGUGCCUGUUCUCCAGCACGACUUGCGCCAGCUAUACGACACACUCCCCGACAGACUAUGCUAUAGCACCGCUCAAAUCGUCUCUCCGACCGGCAAAGUGCUGCUUCUCCCCCGCCGCGAACUUUUCGACAUACGCGUCCAACUCAUGUCCGAAGCCUCGUCCGACAAUGAUAACGACUCCACCCUCAGCCAACUGCAAUCCACAGAUCUCGCGCCAAAUGUCUACGAAGGCGGCUUCAAGACUUGGGAAUGCAGUCUUGAUCUCUCGAGUUUAUUGCUCGAUCGCGGUCCUAGGAAGGAUAUUGAUGAUUUGGUUCGUUGCGAUGGUGUGGUGGAGUUGGGUGCGGGCAGCGCGUUGCCUUCUCUAACACUGUUCCAACAUUGUUUGAGAAACGGUAUUCCUCAGACAUUUACCUUGACCGACUACAACAGCUCGGUCUUGAGAUUGGUAACAUUGCCGAAUCUGAUCCUCACUUGGGCGGCGACCACGUCUCCUCCGCUGAUCGAUCUGACCGCUGAGCCCUCGGGAGAUUUGGAGAACAUUCCUGCUUUGUUGCCAGAGUUCUUGUCUUCGCUGGCUGCUUCGAGGAUCCAACUGUCGUUCAUUUCCGGUCCUUGGGGCGAGACUCUGGCUUCUUUGAUUCCGGAAUCUGCUCCCGAUAUGGGCAGUUUGAUCUUGGCGAGCGAAACCAUCUACAGUCCGGCUUCCACAACGGCAUUUGUGGACUUAUUGAUCCAUCUUUUACGCCGCACCAAGAUGGCAAAAGCAAUCGUCGCAGCAAAGAGAUUCUACUUCGGCGUGGGCGGAAGCGUGGACCACCUGAAGGAAGUCUGCGCAGAAAAAGGUGCAGUCGCCUACGAGGUGGAGAACUCUGGCGUUCCUGGCAUGGAAUCUGGUGUUGGAAGAGCGCUCGUUGAAGUGCAAAUGUAUUGA